AUGCAUCUCACAAGGAAUCCUGUUGACUGCAGGUUGGCCAUUGGGAUAUGCUUCAUUGGAUUUGCACUGUAUUUUCUAUUCGUUUACCCGACUAUCCUGCCGACAUGGCUAUACAUUCUCAAUGAACGUUCAACGUUGAUCUGCAGCGUCAUUUUCGACUGUUUACCCGAUGUGAAACCAGGCGUCGCUGUGCCACUUCUCGCUUCGUCUGAUUCAUCUCAAGCUUUGCUUCCCAAGAGACCGUCAUUAGCUCGUUUGUCAGAAGAGGACUCCCUACCAGAUCUUCACUCUGAUGAGAAGAACGUAUUACAUCGCAAUGGCAGUUCUGCGGGAUUCAAAUUAUUGCUGCCGACAUCGUUGGUGGAUCUGAUGGGUGACGUCCAGUAG